CCAACCUAACCAUUAAUGCACAUCACUGUUUAUGUCUGAACUGACUAAAGUGUCCUUACCUUGCAACUAUAAUUCCCACUGUUCUGUAAAACAGGUCCCUUUAGCUGUAGCUACCAGAGAUUCCACAUACCACAAAAGCUUUGGUUUACUGCAAUACCCAUUUGAGAAGCUGUAAGUUUCUCUUUAUUGAGUGCCUGAAAGUGCAAACAAUAAAUUUUUUUUUCACUUGCUUGAGGCCAUGCUUGUUAAAGAUUCUCUAUUUGCUCAUGUGGCAUUCAAAUCAAUUGUUUGACUUACGAUUUUAAUGAAGUUCUGAUCUGGUUGUGCUUAGAAGGAGUAUCAGUGUUGAUUUGAGUUCUGGAGGUCAAUUUUGGUUCUGUUUACUUAUUUGGAAUUUAUCCGUAAUAACUAAUUAAUUGAAGUUGUUUAUGUCUAUGCAUUGUGGACAAAGAUGAUUGAGACGGUUGGUGGUUUCAAUCAAAGUUCAUUUGGCCAUUUGAGGCCCUUUGGAACAAGGGUUUACAGUUUUGGCAAGAGAAUUGUAAAGCACCAUUGUAAAUUCUGGAGCUUUCCACCAUUCAAUGGUUUUAUUUUAGUUGGUUCGUCGUUGUUAUUCCUUUUAGCCAUGGCGUUUGCAUAUUUGUUUCUUUUCCCUAGAUUUCAGCCAGUUAUUGAUGGUUAUGAGAUUCCUAUCUCCAAUGGUGCAGUUAAUGAAUGCAAUGUUUUCAAAGGAAGUUGGGUUCAAGAUGAAAGUUACCCUCUAUAUAAUGCCUCGGAAUGCCCUUUUGCAGAGCGUGGAUUUAAUUGCUUAGCUAAUGGGAGAAGAGAUACAGGUUAUACAAAAUGGAGGUGGAAGCCCAAGAAUUGUGAUAUCCCAAGGUUUAAUGUGCAUCAAAUUCUUGAAAAACUGCGCGGCAACAGGAUUGUGUUUGUUGGCGAUUCAUUGAGUAGAACGCAGUGGGAAUCUUUGAUAUGUAUGCUCAUGACAGGUGUGGAGGAUAAAAAGAGUGUUUAUGAAGUCAAUGGGAAUCAGAUCACUAAACAAAUUAGAUUUUUAGGUGUAAGGUUCAGUUCAUUUGAUUUGAGAAUUGAUUUUUACCGAUCAGUUUUCCUAGUGCAACCUGGUCCAAUGCCUAGGCGAGCUCCUAAGAGGGUUAAAUCAACACUUAGACUUGACAAGUUGGAUGAUAUUAGCCAUGAGUGGAUUGAUUCUGAUGUCUUAAUAUUUAAUUCAGGGCACUGGUGGACACCAAGUAAAUUGUUUGAAAUGGGCUGUUAUUUUCAGAUUGGUGGUUCACUGAAGCUAGGAAUGCCUAUCACUGCUGGCUUGAAAACAGCAUUAAACACUUGGGCAUCCUGGGCUGAGACUGUCAUCAAUGCAAAUAGAACAAGUAUAUUUUUCCGGACUUUUGAGUCUUCACAUUGGAGGUGUGCUAUUCACCAUUUCUUUUGGCUUCUGUUUGUUGGCCGGAACCGUCUUUCUUGCAAAUUGACAAGGCGCCCUUCGCCAAAAACUGGAGGCAAAGACCGGAGUCCAGUUUCAGACAUAAUACUCAAGGUUGUGAAGAAAAUGACAACUACAGUAACAGUUCUUCAUGUAACACCUAUGGGGGCAUUCCGGAGUGAUGCACAUGUUGGUAGCUGGAGUGACAAUCCAUCUGUGCCUGAUUGCAGUCACUGGUGUCUGCCUGGAGUACCUGAUACGUGGAAUGAAAUUCUAUUGUCGUAUUUGCUGUCAAAAAAAUGAGUCCUCCAUUCCAUAAUAAUGAAGCAGCAAGUUUGCCUCUUGUCUUACAUGUCUACCCAUCAAGUCCAUUCUGAUGUAAUUUCGAAGGAGCAAGAUUUACCAGAAAGAGAAGUUCGAGAAAUAUUGACCUGAUAAUACUUCAUAUAUAGUUAUUUUAGCUAGAAAUGAACAUUCUUGAAUGCUGUUAAAAUUUGCUGCUUAAUUGUUGAGGUUGCAUUUCUUGAUGUUAAAAAAAAGAAAAGGCUUAAUUUCCAGGGCUUGAAAUAUAAAAUCUGCAACAAUUGAAUUGUUAUCAGAAAUUCUAAUUUCAUUCCUUUUCUUUA